ACCGGUCUAACAAGUCGUGACUGUUUUUAUCUAACUAUUAAUAGUCUGAAUCAGGGAGGUGAGGGAGAGUCUGGCAGGCUGACAGCUACAACCUGUAAGGCCGGUUUCCACGUGACUCUGACGUGUUUUUACUCUCUGGAUUUCUGAGGGUGUGAAGGCGUCCUCAGAUCAGAUGCAGGCAGACUCAGGACUGAAGAGGAAGAAAUUAGCAGAGUUUCCUUCUCACCUGAAGAGAGUCUGUGGGGGCUCUGCUAUGGAUCAGUGUGAGGACAGAGAGGAGGAAGCCCCCCCCUCUAAAAGCUCUGGGGAACAUGACAGCCAGACCAAAGCUCAGAGCCCAGAGCAAAUACCUCAUUUUGCUGGAGCUGGAGCUGGAGCUGGAGCUGGACCUGGACCUGGACCUGGACCUGGACCUGGACCCAGCUCUGUGUCCAGUAACCAGCUUACUGGCAGAGACCAGAACCAGGGAAAAAAGAUGGAGACACCUAGAAAAGUCCUAUUAAGAACUUUAGAAAGUUUGUGGGAAAAGGACUUUAAAGGAUUCAAGUGGCACCUGCAGGAGGAGGUCCUAGAACUCCCAGGAAUCCCAAAGAGUCGACUAGAGGAAGCAGACCGGAUGGACACAGUGAAUCUGAUGUUUCUGCACUACCGCAUACACACCAUUAAAGUGACCAGAGAAGUUUUGGGGGAGAUCAAUCAGAAUGAUCUAAAAGAAAAAUUAUCAAACAUCCCAUCAGACCCUACAGAUAUUCUCACUAAGUGCCAAGGUGAACUCAAAUCAAACCUGAAGAAAAAAUAUGAAAAUAUCAAAUUUAUGGAAAAAUCUGAAUCCCUACAUAAAAUCUACACGGAGAUCUACAUCACCAGGGGAGACACCACAGAGGUCAACAAGGAACACGAGAUCAGACAGAUCGAACAAGCAUCCAGUAAACCAGGCAGAUCAGAAACACCCAUCAGACAAGAAGACCUCUUUAAAGCCUCAACUGAAAGAGGUAAACCAAUCAGAGUGAUGACAAAGGGCGUGGCUGGCAUUGGGAAAACAGUCUUAACACAGAAGUUCACUCUGGACUGGGCUGAAGGCAAAGCCAACCAGGACAUCCAGUUCAUAUUUCCAUUCACCUUCAGAGAGCUGAAUGUGGUGAGAGAGAACAAGUACAGCUUGGUGGAACUUGUUCAUCACUUCUUCACUGAAACCAGAGAGGCAGGAAUCUGCAUGUUUGAUCAGUUCCCGGUUGUGUUCAUCUUCGACGGUCUGGAUGAGUGUCGACUUCCUCUGGACUUCCACAACACUGACAUCCUGACUGAUGUCACAGAGUCCACCUCAGUGGAUCGGCUGCUGACAAACCUCAUCAGGGGGAAGCUGCUUCCCUCUGCUUGUCUCUGGAUAACCACACGCCCUGCAGCAGCCAAUCAGAUCACUGAGUGUGUGGACAUGGUGACAGAGGUCCGAGGGUUCACUGACCCACAGAAGGAGGAGUACUUCAGGAAGAGAUUCACAGAUCAGGAGCAGGCCGGCACCAUCAUCUCCCACAUCAAGACCUCACGAAGCCUCCACAUCAUGUGCCACAUCCCAAUCUUCUGCUGGAUCUCUGCUUCAGUUCUGGAGGACAUGUUGAAAACUGAGAGAGGAGAGCUGCCCAAGACCCUGACUGAGAUGUACAUCCACUUCCUGGUGGUUCAGUCCAAAGUGAACGUCAAGUAUGAUGGAGGAGCUGAGACAGAUCCACACAGGAGUCCAGAGAGCAGGAUGAAGAUGAUGGAGUCUCUGGGAAAACUGGCUUUUGAGCAGCUGCAGAAAGGCAACCUGAUCUUCUAUGAGUCCGACCUGAGAGAGUGUGGCAUCGAUAUCAGAGCAGCCUCAGUGUACUCAGGAGUGUUCACACAUGUCUUUAGAGAGGAGAGAGGAACAUACAAGAACACAGUGUUCUGCUUCGUCCAUCUGAGCGUUCAGGAGUUUCUGGCUGCUCUUCAUGUCCAUCUGACCUUCAUCAACUCUGGAGUCAACCUGCUGUCAGAAGAACCAACAACCUCCAGGCUGCUUAAAGUCUUCAGACCCAAACCUAAACUAACAGAUCUCUACCAGAGUGCUGUGGACCAGGCCUUACAGAGUCCAAACGGACACCUGGACUUGUUCCUCCGCUUCCUCCUGGGUCUUUCACUGCAGACCAAUCAGAAACUCCUACCCGACCUGCUGACGCAGACAGGAAGUAGCUCAGAGAUCAACCAGAAAACAGUGAAAUACAUCAAGAAAAAGAUAAGAAAGAACCCGUCUCCGGAGAAAAGCAUCAACCUGUUCCACUGUCUGAAUGAACUGAAUGAUCGUUCUCUAGUGGAGGAGAUCCAACAGUCCCUGAGAUCAGGAAGUCUCUCCACAGAUAAACUGUCUCCUGCUCAGUGGUCAGCUCUGGUCUUCAUCUUACUGUCAUCAGAAGAAGAUCUGGAAGAGUUUGACCUGCAGAAAUACUCAGCUUCAGAGGAGGCUCUUCUGAAGCUGCUGCCAGUGGUCAAAGCCUCCAGGAAAGCUCUGCUGAGUGGCUGCAACCUGUCAGAGAGAAGCUGUGAAGCUCUGUCCUCAGUCCUCAGCUCCCAGUCCUCUAGUCUGAGAGAGCUGGACCUGAGUAACAACGACCUGCCGGAUUCAGGAGUGAAGCUGGUAUCUGCUGGACUGGAGAGUCCACACUGUGAACUGGAGACUCUCAGGUUAACUGGCUGUAACCUGUCGGAGAGAAGCUGUGAGGCUCUGUCCUCAGUCCUCAGCUCCCAGUCCUCUAGUCUGAGAGAUCUGGACCUGAGUAACAACGACCUGAAGGAUUCAGGAGUGAAGCUGGUAUCUGCUGGACUGGAGAGUCCACACUGUGAACUGAAGACUCUCAGGUUAACUGGCUGUAACCUGUCGGAGAGAAGCUGUGAAGCUCUGUCCUCAGUCCUCAGCUCCCAGUCCUCUAGUCUGAGAGAGCUGGACCUGAGUAACAACGACCUGAAGGAUUCAGGAGUGAAGCUGGUAUCUGCUGGACUGGAGAGCCCACACUGUGAACUGAAGUCUCUCAGGUUAACUGGCUGUAACCUGUCAGAGAGAAGCUGUGAAGCUCUGUCCUCAGUCCUCAGCUCCCAGUCCUCUAGUCUGAGAGAUCUGGACCUGAGUAACAACGACCUGAAGGAUUCAGGAGUGAAGCUGGUAUCUGCUGGACUGGAGAGUCCACACUGUGAACUGAAGACUCUCAGUCUGUCCGGCUGUCUGGUCACAGAGGAAGGCUGUGUUUCUCUGGCUUCAGCUCUGAGCUCCAACCCCUCCCAUCUGAGAGAGCUGGACCUGAGCUACAAUCAUCCAGGAGACUCAGGAGAGAAGCUGCUGUCUGCUGGACGGGAGGAUCCACUCUGCAGUCUGGAGACACUCAGAGCAAGAGAUCAUCUACUUCCUAGGACACUACAGACGUUGUUCAUAGACAGAGAGGGGGGGUAUCAUCUGAGAGGAGAUCUACAUCUGAAACAACUCAAGGUCAGAAGAACUCUGAGAAGAGCAGAACAAUCUGUGGGGGGGGGUUUCAUGGAGCGGCUUGGAGCAGGAGUUCAAACAAAGCACACAUAGCAUUCACUUUGAAGGAUGCACAGAAACACUUCUUUGGGGAUGUAUGAGAAUGAAGAAAGGAGAUUGAAGAGGAGAAAUGAUUGUAAAUGUAUAAAUGUAAAUAUGUAAGUAGGAAUAACUUUCAGAGAUGAUUGAAAGGAUAAUCAUUGAUCAGCAGUAAGUGAGGGGGAUCAAUAAGCAUCUGCUCCCUCCUGCUCCCUUCGGACACAUAGCAUUUAUUAUUAUGAUGAACAUUGAUAAAUACUUUAUUCUAACAAUACGCUGUUCUGUUUCUCACAUGUGUUUCUUCCUCCAGGCUGGACCAUGGUGGAGAGCAGAGGUUCAGAGCAGGUCUGAGGAAGUGUAAGUGUGGAUCAGUCAGCUUCUCUCUAGAGCAGGGGUAGCCAACA